AUGGCGGCUUUGGAUGCCAUGGCGUUCCUCAAACGGUUAGCACACACCUCAAUUCAUGUCCUCGCCAUCCAGAUCAUCCUUUUUCUCCUCUCAACUUUCUUCUUCACGGCAUCUAUCAUCACAUUCUUCGAUAACCGGCUUGGCUCGGAUGUUUUCUUUCUUGCAGCAUCCUUGCCAGGUGGAGCACUGGCUAAGCCACUCCGCGUACUCACUUGGAAUGCCGGUCACCUAGGACAGCAGCAGUGGGCCGAGCUUCGCACGUGGCUUCGAACAGCAGCGGACAAAUAUGAUGUAAUAGCCCUGCAGGAGACACACUGGCAGGAAACCACAGAAUUCGACGUGGAGGGCUGGCACUGCGUCAGCUCCGCCAACAAAGGACAGGUGAAGGCUACUAGAACUAAGAAAAAGCAAAACUCAACGGCAGAGGGAACGGAACCGGCACUGCCAGAGGUUCCAGCUCAUGCACUGCAUGAUGACAAGCGUGCCGAUGGAGUGAUGAUCCUUACUGCUCCACACAUUCCAAAAGACACUGUCAGGUGGAGCGAGCAUAAAAAGGGACGAGUCCUCGAAACAGUAUUCCAGUGGAAGGGAGCUCGAGUGCAUGUGGUGUCAGUCUACCAACAUGUAUGGUCCACCUCAAAAACUGCACAGCAAAACAGAGCAGAUAGAUCUACCAACCUUGCUGCUCUGUCCCGAGCCAUUCGAGGGGUACCGCAGAGAGACACACUGAUAGUGUUGGGAGACUUCAACUCGACCCUCACGCCGAGUCCCGGAGUGGUUGGUCCGUGCACUCCAGGACCUCCUCCACAUCGCAAGGCAGAGGACGACUUCUUCCAGCGGUUAGUUCAAGGACAUGGGUUGGUAGCGUUGAACACCUGGUCUUCAGGGAAAGGAUUUACCUUCCAGACGGCAACCACGCAGUCGCAACUAGACUACAUACUAGCACAAGAAAUGAAAGAGUGGGUCGCUGCCCAGCUCCAGCAGCUGGCCUCUCCAGACAUGAAUUCAGCCAAUGAAAUCCUCAUACAGGCUUCAGAGAGAUACUUCCCGCGAGCUCCAAAACCUUCAGCUCCUCCGCUGAAUGCCAUGCAUAGAGCGACUCAAAGAAUGUGGUCACGUCUGACUGCGCUGGAUGAAGACCUAAGAAGUCACUCCCUGACGCAGGCAGACCACGAGGUGUUGGUCAAAGACCUGGCGACUUGGCAUAAGCAGGCAGUAUCAUUGGCAAAGAAGCAAAGAGUAGCCGACUUCACAAAGGAGGUGGAUCACUCAGCCAAUACGGGAGACUCUUACUUGAGCCACAAAACCCUGAAAGCUCUCCGACCCUGGCAACCGCAGCCGAAAACACAGCUGUUGAACCAGGACGGAUACUUAAUGGCAGCCGAGGAGGAACUCCUGCUAAUGAAAGAUCAUGCUAAGGCGGUGUUCCAGAGGCAUGACAGGUUAGAUGUGCUGGUGAAUACACUGCCACAGCUGCAGGCUCCAGCAUUGGCCAAGCACAUAGGCUCCAUAAGGUUCAGCUUCGGCAGCAGCGUGGAAACUGUGCUCAGCCUCGACAGGAGACGUGCUCCAGCAAUACUGCCAGGCACAGAGCCUCAAAGCUGA